AUGAAAUAAACAUUAUUAUCAAAUAUUUUUAAAAAAAUUUUAUUAUUUUCUUUUGUCACUUCAUCUUUAUAAUAGAUCUAAUACUGUGACUAGCUUUCUUCAGACUAGUUAAGUUGCGAUGUUUGUUAGGUAGGAUUUUAGAGAGUUCAAAACGCAGCCUUGGAUCAAUAGUUAUAGUAAACUAGCAUAAGUUAGUACUACUGUGUAUCUUCUUGCGAUUUAGUUCACUUUUAUUCAUUUGAAUCCAAAACAUGUGUUCCUUAAUGUGCCUAUAAUGAAGUACCUGACUCUAAUUUGAGAGUUUGUUCCUAAAUUAGCUUGUGCCCAACUCUUUCUACUUAAGGAAAAUCAUACCAUCCUAACGCUGUAAAUGGAGUUGUAAUAAUAAAAAAUCCUAAUACUUAACAAGAUUUGUUAAUCGUAUCAUACAGUAACAAUGACAACCUUAUCAGAUUAUGGGACGCAUAAACUGGAGUGUUUAAGACUUCUUUUAAAGGACAUACAUCUCCAGUUAUUACUAUAUAUUUCAAUGAAAUUAAGUAGUAGCUUUUAAGUAUGGCAAGCAACGGAGAAAUAAUAACUUGGGAUAUUACAAAGGGAAAAAUAAUAUCUGUAGUAGUUAUCCCUUAAGGAGCUCUAAAACCUACCAGCGCCUUUGAUUCAGAGCGUACACUUGUUACUUCAUUUGGAUUUUAAGGUGAGUUUUUUUUGUUCAAUUACACAUCGUUGAUAGGAAAGAAGUAUAUAGGACAUUCUAAUAUUGUCGACUAUGCUAUUUUCUAUUAAAGUGAUAAGAUCUUAACUUCAUCACAAGAUAAAAAUAUUUUGUUGUGGGACUAAAAUCAAGCUAAAUUUUAAAAAAUUUGUUCACAUAAAACUCCACCUUUAGCAAUAUAUUUACUCUAAGAUAGCUUGAGCGCAAAUAUAUCAGUAGACAUUCUGUUAUCCCUCGAUAGUUCAGGAGUUGAUUCUUUAUCUAUUCACUUCACAGAUUUAACAGCUUCAAAUCCUUAAUGCUAGCAAAUAUCUAGUUUGGUAUAACAUUAGUAUUCUAUAUUGAAUAUUGUAAGUGAUCUCAUAACACAUAGAUUUAUCACCUAUUCAAGUCAAGAAAUAUUUGUUUGGUCAUAUUUUCCAUCAUAGAAUAAUUCUAAAUAUAUAUUCACUGUUAUAGAUCAAAUUACUCCAAGCAACUUAUUGCCUUAUGGAAUAUCUAUAAAAGGAGUAUAUCUUUCUUAUUCACUUUUAGCAAUAACUUCAUCAUCUGGAAAUCUUAUUAUGGGGAGCUAUUUACUAUCUUAACAAUAGUAAAAUUAAAAAAUAAUAAAUUUGAGUCCAGUAGAGCAAAUGAUAUCUCUUAGUAGGCCUACUAUUAAUGGAUUAAGCUUUAAUUUGCAAGAAAUGCAGAUUUACAUUUAUGGAGAUUAAAUACAUAAAAUUAAUUUGAACAAGGCUUCAGUAAAUUAUGUGAUUAAUAAUCUUAUUACUCCAUUUAUUAAAAACUAAUAAUAAGUUCAAAAAAUUGAAUUUAAUGUAAAUGUAAGCCUAAUUGUUAGCACUUCAUUAGAUGGUUUAACUAUGGUAUAUGACUACCAAAGCGGUAAGCUAGUAAGUAUGAUGACUCAUCCAAAAUAUCCCCCUUUUGGAAGAGGACUUUAGCCCUAAGGACUAAUUAGUAUUAUUUUAAGAGAUGCUACAGUAUGCGUUGCCUAUGCAGAUUAGAGUUUAAUUUGCUACAAUGGUGUAACAUCUUAACCUAAGUAUUAAUACUCUUUUUCUAGUAAAAUAAUCAACCUGUACGAAGAUAAUCCAAAUCUCUAUAUUUUAGUUACAACAUUGGAUCAAGCUUUUAUUUACAACAUGGUAAACGGUAAUCUUGUAGUUUCUGUCACAUAAAAUGGAGCUUUUUACUAUAGUAAAUACUAUCCUUUGCCAAAUCUUAUUAGUGCAGGAAAAAAUGGUGUCAUUAUUAAAUGGAGCUACCCUCAGCUAACUAUUUUAGCACAAGGAAAUGAUAACGGACUAAAUAAUUAAAUUCCAUAAGGAAGUCUUGUUGGAUUUGGAUAUGGGCAAGAUCUAGCAUUCAUUAUCUCAUUUUACACAAAUGGCUUGACUAUAAUAUAUGAUUAGAAUUUUAAUCUUGUUAAAAGCCUAACAAUUAGCGAUUAAGUCAACAAUUGCGGACUUGUAAUGCCUAUUUAUGCAAUUUGCAUUACCUAAUCUGGAAAAAUAAUAUACUAUGGUAUUUAUAAUGAUAGUUAUAUAGCUUAACCUUUGCUUCCUUAUCCUUUAAUGUAAGUUUAAACAGUUUACAAAUAUUAAAAAGCUAUGUUUGCAAUAAAUUAUGGAACUUUUGGAGGAGCAGUUAUUGUUGCAGAUCUAUAGAAUCUAAUAGGAGAUUAAUAAUUCUUUUCUCCAAGCCCAAUAGUAGACAUAACAGUUGAUGAUAACAAAUUGAGAGUAUUCAUACCAAAUAAUGAAGGAGACAUAUUGGUAAGCCACUUCAAUCCUGUAACUAAUUUCAAAAUUAAUAGAAGUGAGAACUCAACAAUCAACAAUGUUUAUAUAAUUUCAUCUCAAACAAAAAUGGUCAUUCUUAGUGAUAUUAUAGUUUUAUACGAUUAUUCACUUUCUAAGGUCUAUAAGUAAAAUAAGUAUCAUUAGAGAGCUGUUUAGGAUUGUCUUCUUGAUAGCUAGAACUAUUAAAUUAUAAGUUAUAAUUUAGAUGUAUCUAAAAACUUGUAAAUUUGGAGGUAUGACACAGAUUAAACAAUAGAAUUAUCUGGACACAGUUCUAGCAUAUCAAAAGUGUUGCUAUUGAGUUCUUCUAACAUUUUAAUCUCUUAUGAUAAUAAUGGAAUAAUAAUAGUGUGGAAAUAUCCAACCAACAAUCAAAUUAGAUAAAUUACAUAGCACUAAAAUAAUUAGAUAUUAAAUGCCUAGUUUUUCAAUAAAUACAAUAACUAUUUGAUAUCAUAUGACUCAGCUGGUAAUCUUUACUCUACAAACUACUUAGAUGGAACAAUAUUCAAUGUAAUAUAAGUACCAAAUAUGAACAACUUUGUUAUUGAUUAUGUAAAUGAAAAUAUUUACCUAUAUGGAACUAAUAUUGCUGUUUACAGCGCAAGUAGAUUAAACAAAUAAACUGAUAUCUUAGGAUUUGACGGAUAUGUUUAAGCUGUUAUCUUUAAAAAUACAUAUGCAAUUGCAUAUAGUAAUUAGAAUAUAAUUUCGAUAUCAAGAAGCACUCUACAACCUCUUUUUACUGGAAAAUAUCAAUUGAAAAUAUUCCAAUUGACUUUAAUAAACAAUUUAGCUGCAAUGAUAGGUAAUUAAAUUGAUAACACCAUAGAAAUCUGGGAUUAUACUACAGGAGUUAUGAUGACAAAUAUAGUUAACACCAUAUAUCCUUCACCUUAAAGAUAUAUAACUGUUGAUGAAGACUCUCAAAUUCUAUUAACAAUCAACAAUUUAAAUCAGAUAUUUACUUAUCUUCCAUUUUCUCCUUAAGUAUCUAAACAAAAAGAUUUCUUAAUUAAUCCUUCUUAUCAAUAACUCUCUGCACUGUAGAGUAUUCUUUUUGAUAAAAUUGCUAACUUACUUUUUGCUUAUAAUAGUAAUGAUAUAUUUGUUUGGAACUAUUAUACUUACUUAGGUAACCAAGGAGACACUUUUAUCCUCCCUUCUGAUUCAAGAAUCGUAUCUGUCUAUAAUCAGCAAUAAGAUUAAAUAAUUUACUCGGAUUUAGAGAGAAAUCUAUGGCUUGUGCAAAAUAAUAAGUAAUAAUAUGCUUCUUAACUCAAUCAUACUCCUCUAAAGGCAGUUUUAAAUUAAAAUUGCAUUAUUACUACAAGUGGAAUGAAUAUUUAUAGCUUUAAUUCAACAUUUUAACAAAUAUCGUCUCUGUAAGUUUAUCCUAUCGACUUGUACACAGAUAAUAGCAUUCCGUACAUAUUUGGUAUUAUUAUUGAUAAUUCUAUUAUUUAGUUUUAUAUUGAUAACAAAACUUGUACCCUGCAACCAAUGAUGGUUUUUAAAGGAGACUUUAAUUCUAGAAUAAAGAAUUUAAAACUAUUCUUGCCUUAUUAAAACAUUAUUGCGUAUGAUAUUUCAGGAAAUAUUGGUAUAUACAACUUUGUAACACUAUAAAAAGUAUUUUCUGGUUAAAUUCAUACUUAGCUGAUAAGAGAUGUUAUAGUUGAUUAAAGCUCAAAUAUGUUAGUAACCUGUUCUGAGGAUGGCAACAUUAACAUUUAUAACUAUGAUGGCAAGGUAGCUAAUCCUUUGUAGGUAAUAUAAAAUUAAGUCCCUGUGGUUUGGAUUUAAAUUGAUAGUACAAGAAAGGAAUUGAUUUACUUCCUAGAUAACUAGUAGCUACUAUUUUAUUUAGAUAUAACUAAUUCUUUUUCAUUAAAAUAAACUUUAAUGAGUCCUGGAAUGAGAUUCAUUUAAUUAAAAAUAUCACCUUUAUACUAAGAAGUAGCUGUAUUUUGCCCAUUUUAAAUUAAUCUUUAUAGACAAUAAGAUUAUUUAUUCCUCAAUUCCUUACGUUUACCUUCUACCGUAAACGAUAUAUAGAAUAUUUAAUUCAUGAGCAGCAAUGUCAUUCUUGUUUAAGCUACAACUUAACUCAUUUUAUUUUCAAUAGAUUUAAAUGCAACAACUAUUUUAAAAUCUUUUGCAAUGAAAUAUCCUCUAUUGCUUAACUAUGAAUACAAAUCUAACCAAAUAAUAACAUUAAAAGGAUUAAACUUAGAUAAUUCAUUUAACUACACUUUUACUCUACUUUCAUCAGCGAAACCUUCUUCAUCAAAUACUUAAUAGUAAUCUGUAUGUUAUUAAUAGUUUUCGUAAACAAGUUCAUAUUUUGAAUUUAAGCAAGCACUAUAACUCCAAGAAGAUUCGCUUUUAGGUUUUCAACAAUAAAUUUCUCAAGUUAUAUAUGAUGUAUAUCUAGGCUAAUAAGCUACUCUUUUAUAUGUGUCAGAUUCAUAACUCUCUCUAUAUUCUCCAAAUGUUUAAAAAAAAUAUGUUUAUCUUGCAGCUGAAGAAAAUCCUACUUCUAAAAUAAGUUAUAAAUUUGUAGACCACUCAGAUUUUGAUAAAAGUUCCUUUUAAUUAGAAGAUUUUCAAUGGUAGGUUUUAGAUAACUUUUAAGUUAACUUCAACAAUUUAACAUAGUAAGUAACAUUAAUAAAUUCUAUAAUAGAUUCGAUGAGUAUCAACAAUAGUACUAUCAAUUUGAAAAAUUUAAAUUCUUUAUUUAUUUCAUAGCUUAAUAUCACAAACACUUUAUUCAAUUCUACAGGAUAAGUAUAAACUUAAGCUUUCCUUCAACUUACUAAUAUUUAAAGUGUUUAUAUUGAAAAAUUAAUCAUUUCUAAUGUAAAUCUUAACAACUAUGUUUUAAUAUCAGCACAGAACUGUAAUAAAAUUAUAAUUAGAGACAUUAUCAUCACUAAUGUGACUUUUAAUUCUUAAAGUAGAAUUUUAUAAUCUUUUAAUUAUUUUGAUAUUAAUAAUUCUUAAAUUUUGUAAUAGAAUUAGCAACAAAAUUUAUUAAUAAGCAUCGUUUAAUCUUCAAAUGUUAUUUUAAGUAACUACACUAUAACCAACAUCAAUAGCUAAUAACUAUUUUCGGUAUUUAAUUUAUAAUAUAACAAAUUAGUCAAUAUUAAUCAGGUUAUUGCUAAUACUAUUAACAAUAUAAUUAUUGCUAAUAUAUCUUAGAUAUUCGAUAACCCUUAAGUGGGUUUAUUCUAAGUAUUUAACGAUACUGUUUUAAUUUAAAAUGUAAAUAUUGAAAAUGUGACAACAUCUUCAAGUAUAUUUUAGAUCUAAUCAGAUAAUCUUUAAAUAAGCGGCUCAUCUUUCAAAAACAUAAAUUCUCAAGCUUCAUCAGGAUCUGCAUUUUAUAUUUACUAGAGCUUUUUUAAUAUUUCAAACAGCUAAUUUUAUAAUAAUCAAGCACUGCUUGGUGGAGCAAUAUAUGCAGAAAAUAGUAAAAAUACAUGCUAAAUUCAGAAAUGUGAGUUUGAUUCAAACACUUCUGAGCAAGGUGGAGCUAUAUUUUUAAAUAACUGUGAUCUAGACUUGCAUCUAGUUAAUAUUACAUAAAAUAAUGCUUAUAUAGGUGGUGGAAUAAGGUAUAUUGAAUAUAUUCCAAAAUUCAUAAACUUUCCAGGCUCUUCUAAUUUUAUUGCCUCAAAUAAAGGAAAGAUUUUCGGAAACAAUGUUGCUUCAUAUCCAAGAAAAAUAGCUUUAUAUCCUAUCAAUAUCAAUUUCGAUUCUCAAUAAUAAAUAUCUGAAAGUAUUACAAGAUACUACAUCAAUAAUUUUAUGAGUGGUGAUACACUUUAGUUUAGUAUUUAAUUAUAUGACGAAGAGUAAAAUCAUCUAAAUCUAAAUGCUUUUUAUUCUAAUCUAGAUAAUUUAUCUGGUGAUUUGAUAAAUGAAAUUAGCCAGUAUUACUUUUACUGCUAAUCUUAAAACAGUUCAAUAAUUUCACUCAGUGGAUAAAUUAAUACUUAGUAUUAUAAUUCUACUCUGUAAAUGUUUCAAUUUAAUCAAUUAAUUAUCAAAUCUGAGCCUAAUACAAAUAGUAGUUUUGUGCUUUAGAAUAAUAUUUUAAAUAUCCCAAAUCCCAAAUAGAAUACCUAAUUCAUUCUACUAUUAGCUAAUAUUGAAAUUUUUAUUUAGUUUAGAUCUUGCAAACUUGGAGAGAUUAUUGUAAAAAAAACAUCCGAUUCUCCCUCGUACUGCUUACCUUGUCCUACUUAAAAGUAUUCUUUGAAAGAUCCAAAUAAUCUAGAGUUAUGGAGUAAUCAGGAUCAAGCUUGUAGUCUGUGUCCUUCGUCUGCAGAGUCAUGUAAAGGCAGUUUGAUAACACUGAAGUAAGGAUAUUGGAAAUAAUCUUUUUUAUCAGAUGACAUUUUACAAUGUUAUAAUAAGCCUUAAAACUGCUUAGGUGGGUUAGUUUCUGAUUAAGACUCAUAUGAUAGCACUUUUAAGAAUUAUUGUAAGGAAGGAUACAUAGGUCCUCUUUGUGAAGAGUGCGAUAUUAAGGGAUAAUACUGGGAUGAAAAAUAUAUGAAUGAUGGCUAAUUCAAUUGUGUGCCAUGUAAAGGUCAACAAGGACUUAUUUUAACUUAUGGAUUUGUUGUAUUAAUUAGUAUAAUAUAUCUAAUAUAUGGUAUAAGGUAGGUAAUAAAGGGUUCAAUGAAAAAAGUGUACUCGUAUUAUAUCCGUAUGAUGAAUAUAGCUAGUAUUGGAACAAGUGACUCAUUUGACAAAUCAGCUGUCUUAAUAAAAUUUUUGAUGCACUUUUUGCAAAUGAGUUCUAUUUCAUUUAAAUUAGAAUUUCCUACCAGCAUUGAUAUUUUUACUGUUAGUAUUGGUACUCCCAUCGAUGCUGUAAAAUACUCAUAAGACUGCAAAAGUGUUUUAUCUACAAGUGAAAUUCCUGUUGUUUACGGAAGAAUCAUUUGGUCAUAAAUAAUAGCAGGUUUAUAUGUUGUAAUUCUAGGUAUAAUAUAUUAUGUUUUAGUUUUUACUAAAAAUUUAAAUCGUAAUUCAUAUUACAAGUGGAGUGCUUUGGUAUUUAUAUACCUAUUUCUACAGCCUAACAUCACUUCUGGAUUGAUUUCUGUCAUGUCUUGCAGGUCAAUUGGUAAUGGGUCAUAUGUUUUAGCAGACAUAACUUUAGAAUGCAAUACUUAUUAGCACAUAACCUUCAUAACGUUUUUAGUUAUACCUUUAUUUAUUUUAUGGAAUAUUCUAAUUCCAUUGAUUAUUAUCGUUAUCCUCUUUAAAUCUAAAAACAAAUUAAAUUAUCUCUCAACAAGGAUUAGAUUUGGAUUUCUUUAUUAAGAAUAUAAAGAUUAUUGUUAUUACUGGGAAUUCAUUAAAAUUUUGCUCAGAGUAACCAUAAUUUUUGUUGCAACAUAUUUUAGAGAAUACACUUAAAUUAAGUCUACCCUUUGCUCUUUGAUAAUAUUCUUUUAUCUCAUUUUAGCACACAUUAAAAAACCAUUUUUGUCUAUAGAAUUUAACAGAAUCGAUUUACUAUUACACAUUAUCAUUAUAAUAUGCUUACAGCUUUAAAUUCUUUAAUAAGGCGAUGAGAUUUCUUAAUUUAAUUAGCUAUCCCAAAUAUUUAUAGCUAUUGCGGCCUAUUCGUUUUUAAUGCUAAUAGCUUUGAAAUUUAUUUAGGCUUUACUUAAAUUAUAUUACCCUAUUCUAUCUAAAAAAUUUACUUUCUUAGCUCGUUUAUCUAAUUAUUUUGCUGUGUUUAACAUUUACAAAGAAAAAAGUAAUUUGAAAGUAUUUAAUAAUUGGAAAAAAAUUUAGAGAUCGUUAAAAUAACUUACUAAAUUAUCAAAAGCAGAUAGAAAUAAUAAAUAACUACAAAAUUUUGAUCAAGAUAAUACCUAAUAAAAGUUAAAACUAAAUUAUAUAUAAUCUAAGAGAAAUAGUUUUCAAAUAAACAGUGAAACAUCUUCUUUAAGUGAUGUACCAAGGCUUAUUUCUUAUUAAAAACCAGCAAAAUUAAUUUCAUUUACAUAAAGAAAUCUACUGAAUUCUCCUCCUACAAGCAUUAGAUAAAAUACUUUUGGAGAUACAGAAAUAGAAAUUUCUUAAAGAAGUGAAAAAUAAACUUAGGCCUAAAUAUUCAGCACUAAAUUAAACUAUGAAAAACCCAAAAUAAAAAAAUAUAAUUUUUUAUCAAAUAAAAAUAGUAAAAAUUCAGAUUCUUCUAUAUAAUGA